AUGGAUGAAGUUGAAAGAGAGAUCUCGUUCAUAGAUCAAAAGCUGAAGAAGCUUCAGGAUAGUUUGGCACAGAGAGACCACUCCACCCCUCUGCCCAGAGAAACUAAGGAACCUGCUUUAUACGACUCUGGGAUGGACACGGGACGUCCAUCUAUGUUACCAAGACGAAGUGCAUCACCAGUCUUGGCAACAAAUGCAAUGCCUCAGACACAACAGCCCGGUGAAAGUCCAAGAGCGCAGAGCAACGAGGUUUUAAACUAUGCUGAUAUGGGUGCUAGACCGAAAGACAAAAGACCUCCCAGGACGGAGUUCUCAGAGGAUGAUUAUCUGGACCCAAAAGAAAAAGCUCAUCCUAUGACUGAGUUCUUAGAGGAUGAUUACCUUGCUCCAAGCGUUACAGUGCGCAAAGCACCUAGAGUCAGGUUCCCAUCUCCUAUAAGGAGAGAUGCCCAUGACACACGCAAAAAAAGCGAACAAAUCUACUAG